AUGGCCGCAGAAAACGACAUGAUUUCUGGCUACGGCAAGGGCCUGGCCAAGGGUUCUUGGCGGCAGCAGAAGGACUUGGACCCACUCGAUGCCUUCAUGGCUGGAAUGGAGCGGCACGGGGAGGCUUUUGCCACAGGCGAUGUGCCGGUCGAACCGCCAAAGCCACCAACACCGCCACCAAGGCCUGACAGGCAUCACCGCGGUGAUGAUGGUUACCGUGACCCACGAGCUCACAGAUCUGACACAGGCCAGCGCGACUACAAUGACGGGUACCGACGGAGUGAGCCCAGUCGUCCUGCCGCAUAUGAUCAUCAUCGAAGCAGUUCUGACACUCACAGAAGUGGAUAUGGGACUGCCGACGGGUACAGGGCUUCUGAGCAUAUGUCACGUGGCGUCAUUCCUGCUUAUCGUGGCAAUACACAGCCCACGUACGGCGACUCGUAUCGCGAGGCAGAGGCCAGGGGUUACAGCAGCUACGCUGACCAAGCAGGCCGCGGCAGCCACGGCGGCUACGGCAUUCCGGCCAACGAUAGUUACCGGAGUGCUGAUCGCGGCCUCCACAGCUCCAGCUAUCGGACCGAUGAAUACCAGACUGGCUAUGGCCACAACUCAUACUACGAUCGCGGAGAUGAUGGAAGAGGCUAUUCUGGCCGUGUCAAUCCGCAAGACCUGUAA